AUGGACGCUGCCGCAUUGAAGGUACAGAAGGUCUACAGGAGUUACAGGACCAGACGUCAGCUUGCUGCUGUCGUUAGCGGAAACUCAUCGAAGGUUGGAAAAGGUCUAUCCAAAAAUGCCAAAGCUCGGAAAUUGGCAUUCCCGCAUUGGAUUGAGGCUGUUGAUCCUCGUCAUCGUUACGGACAUAAUUUGCAUUACUAUUAUAAUGAGUGGUGUAAAAAUGAAUCGGGUGAACCUUUCUUCUACUGGCUGGACGUAGGAGGAGGUAGGAAUGUCGAUAUAAAAGAAUGCAGAAGGUCAUUACUUACGAAACAAUGUGUCAGAUACCUGGGUCCUCAAGAGAGGGAGCUCUAUGAAUAUUCACCGAGGAAUGGAAAAAUCAUACAUGUGAAAAGUGGAGAGCUUCUUGACACAACAAUAGGUCAAGGUCACCCUCGUGCGAAAUGGAUCUUUGUCAUGUGCACCAAUAAGAAGCUCUAUGCAGGCGUUAAAAAGAAGGGGGAAUUUCAUCACUCCAGCUUUCUCGCUGGUGGGGUCACUCUAGCGGCAGGAAGGUUGGCUGCAGAAAAUGGUGUGCUCAAGAAAGUGUCGGCUAAAAGCGGGCACUAUCGACCCACUGCUGAGAAUCUUGAUAUCUUCUUGGCAUUUCUUAGAGAGAACGGUGUGAACCUGGACGAAGUGAAGGUGCGCUUUCCGAGCGAUGACAAGUACAAUGGGCACAAUCCAUUGUAUGCGGAGAAGUUCAGCUGCGAAAACGCAACUGAUCAAGAGGCUUAUAGCAACGACACAGAAGACCAAUCACAAACAGAGCAAGAAAAUGUCAAAGGUAGCUACGAAAGGACUUUGUGAGGGGGCCUUCGCAGUCCCAAACCAGAGGUUCCUCCAAAGGAGAUAUUGCAGUGAAUCCAUUCCAAGAGCAAGGCACAAUCAUAUCAACUUGGGCACCAGCUAUCUCUCAAAUGGUGCAGUGGUGUCGGUCCAAGAUUUGGAUGUGUAGCGGAUUAUCCGAGGGAGUUGAGGUUCUAGGCUCUGGAAUUUGUGAACCAUUCCCCUCGUGUCUCAAGCCCAUCUGCUUCAUGA